AUGGCUGUUGUUAACGCCUCAUCAUCGAGAUCUGCUUUUUCCAUGAAUUCACAAGCUUCAUCUGUUACUAUGUUUGCUGGUGAGAAUUUCUCAGAAUGGCGUGAACAAGUCAAUUUUCACUUAGAUGUUAUGGAUCUUGACUUGGCACUCUUUGAGGUUGAACCCACUGCUAUUACUGAAACCAGUAGUGAGGAAGAGAAAUCUCACCAUAAGGCAUGGAAACGAUGUAACAGAUUGAGCCUUAUGUUCAUUAAGAUGAUUGUUGCCAACAACAUUAAGUCAACCAUUCCACAAACAGAAAGUGCAAAAGAAUAUAUAAAGUUUGUGAAAGAACGCUUCCGUUCAGCGAACAAGUCACUUGCUGGUACUCUUAUGGGACAGCUCACGACCAUGAAGUUUGAUGGGUCGCGAACUAUGCGAGAGCACAUUAUUGAGAUGACUAAUUUUGCAGCAAAACUUAAGACCUUGGGACUUACUGUUGAGGACUCAUUCUUAGUUCAAUUUAUUUUGAACUCGCUGCCUUAUGAAUAUGAGCCAUUUCAAAUUAACUAUAACACUAUUAAGGAUAAGUGGAAUGUUAAUGAAUUGACCAGUAUUCUCGUUCAGGAAGAAGGGCGUUUAAAGAAUCAUGGGAGUCACUCUAUUAAUCUCAUGGAUCAUAAAGCUGGGAAAGGAUUGAAAGCAAGAUCAAGACACUUCAAGAAAAAGAAAGCACCUGUGCAAGAUGGGCAGGAGAAAUGA